ACUGUGCCCGUUAUUGAUCGGAGCCGUGUUGUUGGAGAGAGAGCUCCGGUAGUGACGGAGGCUCUCCGGUACCGGGAAGUGUUUGAUCGGUCGGAGGUUUCGGUUCACUCCGGUUAUCAAUCAGCUCGGAUCGAUUAUUGAUGCCGCCGCUGCGCAGCCGCCGUGCGCCCCCCACCCACCACCAACAUCAUCACCAUCAUCAUCAUCAUCAUCAUCAUCACAUCCAUGUUGUCAACCGGAGGAUGAGUCGGUAGGAGGCUAACAGCGAGCUAACGUUACCGAGCGGCGGCGCCAGCAGCGGAGCCGUUACCGACCCCUCCCGGAGCGGACUGUCGAUGGCCGUCAGCCGCGGUUCCGACGGGCUGCCCGGUUCUCUGAGCGGGGAGGACGCAGCAGCUAGCCGCCGUUAGCCCCGCAGCUAGCCGCCGUUAGCCCGCACUGUGUAUGUUUAUGGCGAUUAUGUAAGCUAAGCUAACGUUAGCCGCAGGAUGAGUGACGCGCAGCAGGAAGUGUCUCCUGAUUUCGUCCUGAUGCGGCUCGUGUCCGCGGCCGAGUACGACCGGCUGCACGAGACCGACGACCUGAGGCCCGGAGGCGGCGGGUUCGGGUCCGUGAAGUCCGUGCUGGGUCACCACGGCGGCGGCUUCGACCUGGACCCCAGCGGCCCCUCGGCGGGCCUCGGCUCGGCCUCCCCGCACUACAGCUCUCCGCUGCCCGGGAAAGGUGAGCUGGACGGCGGGUUGGGGCUGACGGAGGCCCCGCUGGGCUCCGAGGCGCCGCUGGCCCCCCCGCCGGAGGACUUUGCCGUAGCGGCGCAGCGGUUCGUGGACUCCGGGGGGCCCGGGUCCAGGGCGCAGCUGAUGGUGUUUCAGAACCUGUUGCGGUCCGGAGACCGGAUCCUGGAGUGCGGACUGGAGCAGCCGCCCCUGGGGUUCCUGCAGGAGGACUCAGAGAGACUGGACUCCGGACCGGGUCCUGGUAGUACAGCUGGAGGCGGCAGGGACCAGCACCACCUCCCCUCUGCAGAGGAGAACCAGGUCCUGCAGUGGCACCCCGUCCAUAGACUCUCCAAGGGGUCCGACGGAUCCCAGACUCUCCAGCAGGGCGUCCCGGCUCUGGACUCUGAGUCCGGGUCCGUCCUCUGCCACCGACACCGCUCCCUCACAGACCGGCUCGCCAAAUGGCCCCCGGACCUGCUGGAUCAGGCCCUGCGUCUGCUAGAGCCCAGGAAGAACGAGGACCCGGUCCUGGCUCUUGCCCGGAGGCUGGGCCAGCUAGGGGAGGGGAGGGAGGGAGGAGGUGGGGGUGAGAUCCAGGUCCCGAGGUGCUCCUGUCACAGCGUGCUGGCCUCGGGGACGGGGGGCGAGGACCCGAGUGAGACCAGUGACGCCCUGCUGGUCCUGGAAGGUCUGGGUUCUGAGGAGGUGGGGGGACUCGGGGAUGGGGGGGGGAAAGGGUUGGGGGGUCCUGGGGGGACCCUGAGUGGUCUGAUGAGGCAGGUCCACAGACUGGCGGAGGAGGCGGGGGUCUGUACCGAUCAGGGCUGCCGACCCCUCCCCUCCUGCCCCCCCACCUCACCCUGCCUGUAUCCCCCAGUCUGCCCGCAGGCCCUCCAGGUCUCCCCCGACCCCCCGGACCCCCAGCGCCACCACCAGUCCCGGUCCCAGCCCCAGAGUCGAGCCGCCACCCCCAAACUCGGCGUGGCCUCGGGGGGAGCGGGGCGCUGUGCCUCCCCUCUGGUGGUCCUGGAGGGGGAGGCAGGAGUCGGGAGGGAGGGGGAGAAGACUCCACGGGGGAAGUCCAGGAAAGGGGGGUCCCUGAAGGUCCGGCUCAGCAAGCUGUUCCGGACCAAGAGCUCCAGUGGGGGGUCGGGGGGGCUGCUGGACAAGAGACCGUCUCUGGCGUCGUCCACCUCGUCCGGGGGGAGUCUGCUGGACGUGUGGGGGUCCACGGAGCAGGACAGCAGCAGGCUGCAGGUGUCCAGACCUCACAGUGCCUUCUCUCCGGUGCCCUUCACUCCCGCUUUCACUGGUGAGACGGUGUCUCUGGUUGAUGUGGAUAUUUCUCGGAGGGGGGUGAACUCUCUCCACCCCCCGACACCUCCUCCCCCACCCAGACGGAGCCUCAGUCUGCUCGAUGAUUUCGGGGGUCAUCCUCAGCAGCAGGGUCCGUUCAUGGAGCGCAGUGUGGGGGCGUCCAUGCAGUCUCUGCCCCCCCGACCGCUGGCCCUGCCCCCCUCCCUCAGCACCAUCCAACACAGCCUGAGCCUCAACGACACCUUCCUCAGAGGUCUACCGAGGCCGGUCCCUCUGCGUCCCGACGGUCAGCUCCACCCUCCCCGACUCGUCCCCCGCUGCCCCCUCAGUCGACCCGACGCUGGCAGCUUCGCCACCAGCCUCAGAGAACUGGAGAAGUGCGGUUGGUACUGGGGGCCGAUGAACUGGGAGGACGCGGAGAUGAAGCUGAAGGGGAAACCGGACGGAUCGUUUCUGGUUCGAGACAGUUCAGACCCGCGAUACAUCCUGAGUCUGAGCUUCAGAUCGCAGGGAGUCACACACCACACACGCAUGGAGCACUACAGAGGGACCUUCAGUCUCUGGUGUCAUCCCAAGUUUGAGGACCGCUGUCACUCGGUGGUGGAGUUCAUAGAGAGAGCCAUCAUGCACUCCAAGAACGGAAAGUUCCUCUACUUCCUGCGCUCUAGAGUCCCUGGUCUGCCCCCGACCCCGGUCCAGCUCCUGUACCCGGUCUCCAGGUUCAGCAGCGUUAAAUCUCUGCAGCAUCUCUGUCGCUUCUGCAUCAGGCAGCUGGUCCGUAUAGACCACAUCCAGGAGCUGCCGCUGCCCACGCCGCUCAUUUCCUACCUGAGAAAGUUUUACUACUACGAUCCCGAGGAGGAGAUCAACCCGUCCCUGAAGGAGAGAGGACCGGAGCCCAGCAGCCAGCCGAGGGUCCAGUCUCAAACGUAGCACUGGAGCCUCAGAGGACCACUUCUUUUCUUUUCUUCGUUUUUUGGUCACUCGAUUGCUGAAGGACAUUCAGACAUUCAAACUGGACUCACAGAGUGCAGCCAAUCAGCUCCCUCCGCUCAGUCCUGUAUCCGGGCGGGGUUUCAGAUGAUCCACCCUCCCCCGUGCGCUCUGAUUGGCUCGCGGAGAGUCGACAGGGGAGGGGCCGGGGAUGUGGAGACUCCGCCCCUCUUUUGAUGUCAUCACUGAGCAGCUGUACUAAAGGCAAUGUGACAUCGCUGUUAGCAAACACGCUAAAUCUCUAAAAAAACAAAGAACCUCAGUGCGAGGAGAGAAACAUUUGUCGCCUCCGGGAUCCUUUAACUUCCAACGCAGAGCUGAAGAAGAAAAAGCACUUUGGGACCUAACGACAGUGACUUUAAAUAAAGGACAAAUAUUUAACGCUGGAGGUCUUUCUCAGUUCAAACCACGCCAAGAAUUCAGUCCGUUCCACUUUACUAAGUUUACAUUAAACUGUCCAAUAAAAACUAAAAGCGUAACGGUCACACCAGAGCACAGCCAGAUUCAUCCACAUGGUCAGUUAACCGCUAACACGUUAGCACCAGUCAGUCACAAUAUCUCUCCGAGCAGCUUCCUGAGUUCUUUCUGUUCAACUUUUCAGUCAACAAAGAGGGAAAAUACGCUGGUUAGCUUAGCUUGGUGGCUAACAGGUAACAGAUAUAGUCAGGAUUCGAUUUUUAUAAGAAAAUGAGAAACAUUCUUUUAUUUCUUUGACAAAAAUCUACAAAAUGUGUUUUCUUUAUCUUUCUUUAUAUAUUUAAUUAAAUAAUAAUUUUAUAUUUCUGAGUCCAAAGUGAACGGCGCCCUCUGCUGUCCAGAGAGAUUAUCACGAUUCAUUUUAAUCUUCACAUAUUUGUAUUAGCAGCUGUAUUACUUCGAUGUAUAGACGGCAUUUAGAGCGCUGCAGGGAUCUCAGUUAGCAUUUUAGCUAACGAAUCGUGUGUUUUUGGUUAAAAUACGGUCUGUGGUUGGGAGGGUUCGGUCAGUUUGAGCCAGUUUACUCUGUGAGUGAAUAAACUGAUUCUGCCACAAACUGUUGGUGUUUUAGAUUCUGGUGUGACCGGGUCUCUGCUUUUAAAAUGGACUAAUCUAAUCCACCCAAAGCAUUCUGGGUAAAAUGGGCAGAACAAAAGCAGUUAUUUGGACUGAAUGUGGACUGAAGAAUGCAGAUUGAGAAUGGCCUCGUCUCACUCUGAUUCUGCGGUAUAUUGUAUCUUUAACAGCAACAUGAACUGAACCGUGGGCAGAACAAUCUCACCACAGGGUCCAUUUAGUGGCAGUUCUGGAGCUCUCAAAUGGACCACAGCCGUUUUUCUGAGCACUUAAAGGACUUGUUGUCCGUGUUGACUUGAAAGUUGUGAUUGAAAGUUCAUUCUUUGGACAGGAACAGAAUUGGACUGAUGGAGCUGUUCCGAUACCGAGUUCUGAUUGUUAUAAAACAGAUGUAUAUUAUUAUUUUUUUCAGAGCGUAAACUGCUAUCAUUGUUGGAUGUAGCAGAGUCCCAUUUCGGGGCUAAUCAGUUACGUGGUAUCAGACCUGUGUACUCACCUGCUGGUAUCGGAACAACUCUAAUUGGAACACCACAAGGUCCGUGUAGUUUCAACGUGGUGACACCAGCGAAUAACUACUGCAAAAACUCCUGUACGCUGCUGUUCAUUGUACUCGUUGACAACUACGUUGCGUGGUACCAGUAUCGGAGGAAUAUCUCUAAGUGGACCAAUAAUCUCACAAUAUGAGCCAUUUGGUGCCGGUUCUGGAGCUCCGGUUUACUUACUGUCAACUGAGUUUCGGUCCUCAGAGCUCGUUGAAUGUCACCCGAGGAUGAAGAAGUCCAGUUGAAAGCUCCCGAACUGAACAGACCUUGAGACAAGAUUGUUUUCUGAAGAAUGAACUUUAAGUCUCAACUCACUGAUGAGUUUUAAUUUCCUGGUUGAAGACUGUGAUUGGUGGAGGUUCAGCGGUGUGUGUGUGACUGCUGUACAGGUCCACACUGGAGUUUCCUUCCACAUUAGCUGAUACAUCACCAGUAAGACAGCUUUUGUUUGAUACUUGUAUUGUAUUGGGUACCCGUCUAGGUCUGGGAUGAUAGCAAAAUGCUGAUAUUAUCGCGAUAAUCAUCAAAAUGUUUUAACUCUUAAAAAAAAACUAAUACCUUGCUAGUGUUAAGAAACACAUUUUAAUGGCAUCUCAGACAGACCCCUCAUCUCCUCGCCGUCCUUUAGUUUGGAAUCCAUGACCACGUACCCGGUUUAACAUUCUGUUGCGGGGGUACAACGGGCAACCUCAGCGUGUUAGUGAGCUAGACGGCUCGUUGAAGUGACGGUAAUCACUUACCGGUCCCACCCCCAGCUGCUGAGCCCCCCUGCAGAAGAAAAGGUAAGUACGCAGUCCUGAUUUGUGUCUGAGAGGUUAGCAGGAACAGUUCUGUGUACUGAUAAACAUUCUGGUUUUAGUCUGCCGAGCAUUUGUGAUGUUGUAGUUCUUCAGUGCACUGGGUAACAAACAGUGGGAUCAGCAAUCCUCCACGUUGGUUAGAAGCACGGGAUCCUGGAGGCGACCGGCCGCACCGACUGUUGUGGCAAUAUUACCAAAAAAUUGAAAAAAAGGAGUCUUAUUGUGACGACUACUGAACUGCGAUGUUUCACUGGAACGAGCUGUUGGACUGGAUGGACUGGACUUCCUUGUUCAGACACUGGUUCUGAGUGAGUUCUGUUCCAGCAGAGACUGGGAACACUGGAGCUGGGACCUGAGCGCCCUGUGGGGACACUUCCAUGAUGUCAAAACAUUUGGGGGGGGGGCACAGAGAAGUACUGAUGCUGCACACUGAAGGACUGGAGGCUGCUGAGGCUGAAGGAUGAAAUGUUAUUUUUGGGGUGGAGGAGCAGUGAAGUAGUAAUCUGUUAUCUUUGUGCAGUCAGCUGUUAAUAAAACAGUGUGGGCGGGACGAAUGUU